AUGGCAGGAGACGAAGUUGUCGACGCGGCCGUGGUAGUACGAUCGAAGGAGAUGAGUCCAUCGAUGACAUGUCCCAUGUUGAAUGCAACAAACUAUGCUGUAUGGAUGAUGAAGAUGAAGGUUCUGUUGCGGAUUCAUAAGGUGUGGGAAGCAAUUGAGCCAGGUUCUAUCUCGUUGGAGAAGAACGAUAUAGCUACCGGUUUGAUAUUCCAAUCAAUCCUGGAGUAUCUUGUUCUUCAAGUUGGCGGGAAAGAAACUGCAAAGGAGAUAUGGGAUGCGAUUAAAACCCGCAACCUAGGAGCUGAUCGUGUCAAGGAAGCGAGACUUCAAACCUUAAACGGGGAUUUUGAAAGACUCAAGAUGAAGGACACAGAUACAGUCGAAUACUUUGCUGGGAAGCUAACGGAGAUCGCAUCAAAAUCAGCUUCCCUUGGACAAGUUAUGGAGGAAUCCAAGUUGGUGAAGAAAUUUCUCAAUAGCUUACCAAUGGGCAAGUUCUUUCAAAUCGCUGCAUCUCUAGAACAAAUUCUAGAUUUGAAUACAACAAGCUUUGAAGAUGUCGUUGGAAGACUCAAAGCAUAUGAGGAGCGGAUCCACCAAGGCGAGUAUGGUGGUGCAACUCAAGACAAGUUGUUGUAUGCGAAGUCAGAUGAGCGAGGCGAUACAUCAUCUUCAGAAGGAAAAGAAGGACACUAUGCCUCAAAAUGUCCUACAAGAAAACCGAAGAUUGAAGAAGCAAAUAAAGUGGAGACAGAAGAAGCUGAUUCUGCACUCUAUAUGCAUGAAAUCGUUUUCUUGAAUGAAGAGAAUCUAAUACCGAAGAACUACGAAAUCCAGAGAGGAGAAGAAGGUGUUUGGUAUUUAGAUAAUGGAGCUAGCAAUCACAUGACCAGCGUGAAGGAGUACUUCUCUGAGCUCAAUGAGAAGAUAAAAGGGAAAGUAAAGUUCGGAGAUGGAUCAUGCGUUGAAAUAGGAGGGAAGGGUUCAAUCUUAUUUCAAAGCAAAGCUGGAGAGCAGAAGCUUGUUUCCGAAAUCUACUAUAUCCCUAAUCUCAAGAGCAAUAUUCUGAGUUUGGGACAAGCUACAGAAGCUGGCUGUGAUGUUAGGAUGAGAGAAGACUACCUAACAUUACAUGAUCUAAGUGGAAGACUCUUGAUAAGAGUAAAGAGAUCUUCAAACAGGCUUUACAAGAUCAAUCUCAAGACUGGAAAGCGAUCUUGUUCGCAAUCAAGAAUAGAGUUUGAAGAAGAAGAAGAAGAACAUCAAGAAGCAAAGAACUCCAUUGAAUGGACAAAGGCUUGUCUACAUGAGACUGAUUUGAUCAACAAGAACAGAACAUGGAUGUUUGUAGAUAAACCAGUUAGAGUUAAGGGUAUUGGUCUUAAAUGGGUUCUUAAGAUCAAGAGAAACACAGAUGGCUCAAUCAACAAGCACAAAGUUAGACUUGUUUUCAAGGUGUUGACACAAGCGCUGAGGUGUUGGAACACAAAGCUUGAGGUGUUGACACAAGUUCCGAGGUGUUGGAAUACAAAGCUUGAUCAGACUUUGAAAGGAAACAAGUUCGUUGAAGUGAGAAGCUUCAAAACGAUCAAGACCAUGUAUGUGCACGUGAGGGACAUACUUACAAAGGCCCUAGCAAGAAUCAAGUUUAAGAAAGUGAGAAGUUUGAUUGGAGUUCAAGACCUCUCAAAGACUGACUUGAAGCUUAAGGGGGUGAUUGUUAGUCAGCUCUACGAGGCACUGUCAAGAGUUGCAUCCAAAGGGGAAGCCCCCGGAAGCAAACUGCUAACAGUUUUCAAAGAAGUUUUCCAGAAUUUGGAUGUGUAA